CGAGUGGACGAGUUGGCCCGAAAGCCCAAGAGCUGAGCACCAGCGGGUAUAAAGAGUGGCUCUGCUGGCGGUGGAGAUGCAUUCAGUCGCUGGUUCCCCACUCGGAAGCAACCAAAUUCACUCCACUCUACUCUACUCAACUCUUCCCCCCAACAAACACACUCACCCGAAUCGUCGCUAUGAACUCCUUCUCAGUGUUCUUAGUGUUCGCGCUGGCCGCUCUGGCUGCAGCAGAGCCACCAUCCGGAUAUAACUAUCCUCGCGGCGGAGGCGGUGGUGGCGGCGGCGGCGGCUUUGGAGGUGGCUUCGGCGGCGGAUUCGGAGGUGGCGGCGGUGGCGGUGGCGGCGGCGGCUACCAGGCUGUGAGCGGCGGCUUCCAGACCUCCGAGGGCCAGAACGUGGAUCCCCAGCUUCUGGAGCAGGUCCGUCAGAUCCUGCUGAACGAGGAGAGCAAGCAGGGCGGCGGUGGCGGAGGAGGCGGUGGCGGCGGCGGUGGUGGCUAUCCUAGUGGCCCAUCCUCCAGCUACGGUCCACCUUCCACCAGCUACGGAGCCCCCGGAAUCGGAGGCGGCGGCCGUGUCGUGGGCAUCGAUCUGGAAGGCGUCCGCCAGGCCAUCCAGGUGGCCCAGUUCGCCCAGCAGAGCUCCCAGCAGGGAGGUGGCGGUGGAUACCCCAGUGCCCCAUCCGGAUCCUAUGGCGCCCCUUCAAGGCCUCCCAGCGGCAGCUAUGGAGUGCCCUUCUAGAUCGUUGAACAGGUCUCAUAUCCGAAAGACACACCUCUGCCAAAAAUGAAUACCGACGGACACGAAACCGACAAAGACGACACCAACACUUUACCAAUUUGGGCAACCUGGACCUAAAAAAAGGAACUACCGAUCCGCUCUGAUCCCGAGAGAACUGGUGAUCGCUUCCCCUUCUCAAGACCUCUUCCCAAACUCAGCGACUGUACCCCAAAACUCUCUAAGGCCCGUUCCCCAGAAAACCCCAACCAAUUCGGGAUUUCGUUUUGGGCUUUUUUGUAACCCCUGUAAAUAGUUUCUCACACUACACGAAUACAAGAAAACCCGCAAACGAAAGCCACACAACAACACCCACAACACCCGAAACACCCAAAACACCAAGAUGGAGAACACCCCAGACAGUGUUAUAACGCAUUACUAGCUCGUAAGUGUUUUUAUUUUAUAUGAAACAAACAAAGAAACAACAAAAAAAUAUGAAAACAAUAAAAAAAAUAGUAAAUUUUGUCACCGUUAAACGAUCACAUUGUUUUAAUUUCACUACCAUGGGGAGUUUACGCAGCAAUUGCUAUCUUGCCAAACAUCAUCACCUCUGAUGAUUACAACAAACUGACCUCGUUUCGCAUUGCCUCCUCGCUUACCUCCAAAACACUCGAUGAUCUCGUAAUGACAAUCCGACAAUCCAUUCACAUAGACCCAUUCCAAUUGAUCGAGUAAACCGAGUUGUCACUGUCCCAUGUGAGUUUUUAAAUACCAAGCCAAACAUCGCCAGCAAUCCUUUCACUUUUACGCUCGGUAAUAAGGUAGCUGUGACCCCUGCCCUAUCUCCCGUACA